GCCCAGGGAACCCGUGCAGCAGCGGCGCCGGCCGCCAUUUCCCUCAGCGCCCCUUGCGGUGACGGCGCAUCGGCAUCAGCACUGACGUGAAGCGACGCGCGGCCUCGCUCGGCCCAAUCCCUCUUCCCCGCCUGCUUUCCCCUGUGACGGGGGCGCCACGUACUCGGCCAAUUUAGUAAUUGACUAUGCUGACUGGGAAUUAUGGGAGUCAAAAGACGAGCACAUCUGGAGUUUGGCUGCGUUAGAUGCUACAUUUGACUUGUAACAUGUGGAGACAGAUGACCAUGGAAACAGGUGAAUCACAAGAUGGCAAUGCAACAGACUCUGUUGCAGAGAGUGAUUCUGCUAAUAUACAGUCUCCACUUGGCCAAAAUCAGAUCUCUACUAUAGCUCAAGUUUCUGUAGCGGGAUCAACAACUGGAAGAGGAUCUCCCUCUGUAACUGUCGUGCAGUUCCCUUCUGGUCAAACUGUCCAUGUACAGGGAGUGAUUCAAGCCACCCAACCAUCAGUUAUUCAGUCACCACAAUUGCAGUCUGUCCAGGUAGCGUCAGCUACAAGUACAGAUGAAUCUACAGAAUCAGAGGUGGUAAUAGAUUCUCAGAAGCGGAGGGAGAUACUUUCAAGGAGGCCUUCAUAUCGAAAAAUUCUGAAUGAGCUUUCUUCUGAUGCACCUGGUGUGGCUAAGAUUGAAGAAGGAAAGCCAGAGGAGGAAGGAGCACCCUCUGGAAUCCCCGCCAUGGCCGUGCCAACCAGCCUUUAUCAGACUAGCACCGGGCAGUACAUUGCUAUAGCCCAAGGUGGAGCAAUCCAGAUCUCUAAUCCAGCAUCUGAUGGUGUUCAAGGAUUACAAACAUUAACUAUGACAAAUUCAGGAGCUCCUCAGCCUGGUGCUACAAUUGUGCAAUAUGCAGCUCAAACACCUGAUGGCACACAACAAUUCUUUGUACCUGGGAGUCAAGUUGUUGUCCAAGCAGCUACAGGUGACAUGCCAACUUACCAAAUCCGAACUCCAACCACAGCCUUACCUCAAGGAGUCGUCAUGGCAGCUUCCCCAGGAACAUUGCAUAGCCCGCAGCAGCUGGCCGAAGAAGCAACACGUAAAAGAGAGCUAAGGCUUAUGAAAAAUAGGGAAGCUGCAAAAGAAUGUCGACGAAGGAAGAAAGAAUACGUGAAAUGUCUGGAGAGUCGCGUUGCAAUGUUAGAAGUUCAAAACAAGAAACUUAUAGAAGAGCUAGAAACUUUAAAAGACAUUUGCUCUUCCAAGACAGACUAGUGUCAAUACUGAAACUGUGAACUGGCUACAGCAUGUACAAAUGCUUCUGCAGGCAAUGUCUGGUCAACAAGAAUUAUGACUUUUCCUUUAUAUCACUUGUCUUCUACUCCAGCCUCUAACAUUCCUGAAACACUUUGCUGCAUUUUUGUAGAUUAUUAAAUGAAAUUUCAGCUGUCUUUUUCUCAACCAGAAAGAGUCAAAUGUUUAAGAACACAGCGUGCGUUCUGUGUUUUCAAAAGAAGCAUGUGUAAGAGCUGCUCCUCUACCCAGUAUUUGCAUUAUUUUCAUUAUAUUAGUAUCCCACUUGCACCACUAUUUUGAAGUGAUCAAAGAUAAUGCAUCUAACAUAAUAAAACGAAAACCACCCAAAGUAUCUCAGGAAAAAGUUAUAUAAAGAUGUACGUUGCUAUGACGUACAUGUAUUAGAAUACUAGUUUACAAAUGAAUUUAUGGCAUAUUUUUAUAGUCAUCGCUUUGUGAAAAAAGUAUUGUAUUGCUGUCACUGAGUGCCAUGGUUGAAACUAGUUUUUAAAUAGAACCAUGUUGGUUAAACUUCCUAGUGUUUGGUAUUUAUUUAAACAUCUGUCCCAUCUUUUUUAAAAAUAAAACUAAUGGCAUCUGCUGUGAAAUAUUUUAUUAGACACACUUACUGUCUUUUAUAUUUCACAAACAUUCUCCAGAACUGUAGCUAACACUGAUCCUAAAAAUACGUAUUUCAGGUAUUUCACACAGCUUCUACAAGCACUGUCAACAAGCACUACUUGAUGGUAUUCUAGAAAUUUUUCUGAAUACUCUCAUGGGUAGUUACAAUCACUCAGAACCUUAUCUGCAGAAUAAUUAAAAUUCAAAUACUAACUGAAAAUUAAAAGGGCUGAAAAACUGAUAAUCCUCAAAUUUCAAAGAUUUUUGUGUUCUUCCAUGAAGUGAGAAUAUGCAAAAUGUUGCUAUCUUCAUGUGAGAUUGCAUGAGAUCAUGAGGAAAUCACCCAAAUUCCAUGACAUGUGUUAAUCUUGUGAGAUUUUAUUUUGUACACACAUACCCCCCCCUUUUUUUUUUGCAAUGAGGCUGCAAAAAGUUCCAACAGUUGGUUACAGUUUGACUUAUAUCUUUCUUGGCCUAUAUUGUUUUUCUUUUUCUCAUAGGCUGCAGUGUCUAAUAUGCAUGAUUCACAUGCCCAACAGGAGCUUCUUUUCUCCAGAAACCAUUGCACUGUGUGUAUGUGUGAAGGACAUCUUUGGGACCAUGGCUGGGAAAAGGAAUGGCUAAGCAUUCUGUCUUUAUGUCAAAAUCUCAAUGAAAACAGGACUUCCAAUGCUUAUUUUUUGUUUUUAGAAAGUAAACAUAGUUUCACACUAUCAUUUAAUGCAAUACAUAUUUGACCAAAAGGUUUUCUGGAUGUGGAGCAAUGGUGCAGAGUCUGUGCUGACACUGAGCAAUUCUUCAGGGUUGUUAUGAAUGAUUAUAGAAGAGGAUAUCCUGUUCGGUGAUGAAGUAAUACUUCCUUUUACUGUGAUGUCAUCCUUGGGCAGUGCUUAACCCUUGUAGCCAGAGCAACUACAGUAAAUCUGCCAACAAGUCUACCUGAUGGAUCUUCAUUGGGAAUACUCAAACAGAUAACAGGCCCAUGCUAAAAUGACAAACUAUAUUGAAAUUCCUUCUUUCUUUAAAAUUAUAUUACAGUAAAUAACAAAAACACUGAUCCUUCAUUUAUAUGUGACAUCAUGGCAGAAGAAAUGUUUCUGUGGCUCUAGGUGGUCUCUGUUUGCUUUUCAGUGGAAAAUAGAAUGUGUGUGUGUGAGAGAGAGAAUAAUAUGUAUAUGAAUAACAAUACUAUUACUCUCUUUUUAUAUGAACAGCUGUUAAUAUUGAGAAAUUUCAAACUGAGAAAGUGUACAUUCUUAGAAACUGACUCAUAAGAACUUAGAAAAAGGAAUUGGACUCACAUCCCUUUCAAGCAUGUUAUUCAGUUAGACACUAUCUCUGGUUGGUACAUAUACCUGGCUGCUUAUAAAGAAAACUAAAAUUUCAGUAUAUAGCUGGGCAAAAUAACUUGCAGGAAAAUGGUAAUUAAGCUGCAAUACAUUAACAGUAUUCUACCGUUAGAGGAAAAAACAAGGUUGCUUAGAAGAAAUGUCUCUAGCAAAGAACUAUAGAUUUCACAAGUUUACAUCAUUGGCUCAGAUAUUUAUAGUUAGUAAUAAAAUAUUGAGUCAGUGUUCAUAUUGUUGAUAACCUUUAUACUUCUACAGACAGAGCAUGCCAAGAAGUCAUCAAAGUGUGCAUUUUUCACAUUCUAGUAAAAGAAUUAGGAAACAGCAUUUCCAUUAAGUUGUUUGCCCUUUAUAGAAUUGCUUGUAUCCAGAUGCUGUAUUUGUAACCCCUGCAGUCUUCCUCUGAGGCUUACUAUUUGUUGUUGCUGUUGUUUGAUUUCCCAACAAGUGCCCCCAAAUGGGAAGACUGUAACUGAUUUAAAGCCCCCUCUCUCAGCUUUCUAAAUAUUACAUUUAAUCUGAUUUCUUUAAUGAAAGGGAUUUGAUGUCCUUAGACUGCCUUAUCCUUACUGUGUAGGAUGCCACCUGAUUCUGUUUUUGCAGUUGCUUGGUAUUUGUCCUCAUCAGCACUCAUGUUGCUUCUGGUACAAUCUUGCCCAACCUAACCAACCAGUUCUUCCAAAAUUCUCAAUGA